CUUUAGAACAAACCCGAAAACCAUCCGAGGCAAGAUGAGGGCAACGGGGGUUCUCUCGUUUGUCCUGGUGGCAUUACUGCCCCUCGCGGCUUCUCAAGAUCCCGGCCAGGAUAUCACCUGCUCUGCGACCAAGCAAUGCGCUGUCGGCUGCUGCGGCACGUAUGGUAUCUGUGGAAUGGGCCCAGAAUUCUGUGGUCCUGGCAACUGCAUCAACAACUGCGAUCGCAAGUCAGAGUGUGACCCAGCCAACUGGGGGCCCACCUAUGCUGCCAAUACGGCAUGCCCGCUCAACGUGUGUUGUAGCAGAUUUGGCUUCUGUGGAACGACCGAAGAGUUCUGCGGCGGCAAUGUCGUGGCCAGUCCGAGCUGUUCAGGCAAUUCAGCGGCACAGAGGACGAUUGGGUAUUUUGAAGGAUGGGGCAUCACUCGACCAUGCGGCGCCAUCUUUCCCGAGGAUCUCGUAUCUGGUGCCUACACUCAUCUCAACUUCGCAUUUGCCCUCAUCGACCCGAACACCUUCCAGGUGGCGCCCAUGAUCGACACCGACAGGGAGUUGUACUCUCGUUUGACCAACUUGAAAGUGAUGAAUCCGGGACUGCAAGUCUGGAUUUCCAUCGGCGGCUGGUCUAUGAACGACCCUGGCCCAACCCGGACUACCUUUUCCGACCUGGCUGGUUCUGUUGCUAAUCAGCAACGAUUCUUCUCUUCUCUUAUAUCAAUGAUGACUACCUAUGGAUUCGAUGGCGUAGACAUUGAUUGGGAGUACCCUGGAGCAGAUGACCGCGGAGGAAGGCCCGAAGAUGUUAAGAACUUCCCCGCCAUGCUUCGCAACAUGCGCAGCGCCUUCGCUGCAACUGGUCAUAACUGGGGCAUUACGGUCACCUUCCCAUCUAGCUUCUGGUAUUUGCAACAUUUUGACGUGAAAGCCAUUGAGCAAGCCGUUGACUGGAUCAACAUGAUGACCUAUGAUAUCCACGGUACUUGGGAUGCCAUCAACCAAUGGGAAGGUCCCUAUGUCAAAGCCCACACCAAUUUAUCCGAGAUCGACGAGGGGCUCAAGCUUCUCUGGCGCAACAACAUCAACCCCUCCAACGUCGUCCUCGGCCUGGGCUUCUACGGACGCAGCUUCAAGCUCGCGGAUCCAUCUUGCACCUCCCCUGGAUGUGUAUUCACAGCCGGCGGUGAUGCCGGGCCGUGCACCCAGAGCGAGGGCACGCUGGGCUAUGCGGAGAUCCAGCAACUCAUCCAAGGUGGCUACACGCCAAGACUGGACUCCCAGGCCGCCGCCCAGAUCCUCGUUUACGGCGACGACAACUGGGUAUCCUACGACGACGCCACGACCCUCAAGAUGAAGGUCGACUUUGCCAACAGGAACUGUCUCGGCGGUACCAUGGUGUGGGCCGCUUCCCUCGACGACAAGGCCGGCACCGCCGCAAGAGCCCUGGCGGGAGCGACGGGCCAGCUCGACGACUUCAACGUAGGAAUCGUCAAGCUGGGGGACGGUCUCGGUAGCUGCCUGUGGACGGCGUGCUCCACCUCCUGCCCGGCCGGCUACACCGUCGCCGAGUCCACGUGGCCAGCCAACCCACUUGGAUGCCCCGGUGCCGUAGGCGGCAAGGUCAACGCGCGCCUCUUCUGCUGCCCCUUCGGCCAAGUACCGGAGUGCCAAUGGAGGGUCGAAGCCGACACCAACGCCGGCACCUGCAACGGGCAAUGCCAGUCCGGCGAGAUCGCCGUGGCGAGCACCAACCAGCUAUUCGGCAUCGGCGAGAACCUCUGCCCCAACGGCGGCCAGGUCAGCAUGUGCUGCAAGGGCACCAACUCGCUGAACAUCUGGGCAAAAUGCACGUGGGCCGGCUCGCCUCCUCUCUGCGGAGCCUCAGCCAACGAGCUCACGCAGACGCUGCGCGGAGACGGCGGGGCGCAGUCAUGCACCCUAGGCUAUCGUAGCCUGUGUUGCCAGGAUCCGCCGCCGGUGCGCAACUGCCAGUGGUACCGGAACGCGUUCCACAAUGUGUGCACGCCGGGCUGUCCGGCGGGCAAGGUAGAGAUGGCGACGGAUAACCAGGCGCCGUCGUGCGCGAGCGGGUACGGGUCGUUCUGCUGCGAUCCUGCCCUCGGGUCGCUGGGAUCCAGGAGUGUGCAGGACUUUGCCGAGUUCGUCAACAGGUGGAUUCGCGAUGGCGUGUGUGACUCUCACUUGCUUACCCGCCGGAGCAUCACGUCUCCUACUGUGUCGGCACGACAAUUUGGCGGUCAGCAGGUUUCGGACUCGGAUAUGGCUGCGGUGCUGUAUCCCCUGCUCAAGCCCGGUGUGUUCCUCAAUUCCGAGCAGCAGGCCGACCUGGAUGUCUGGAAUGAUAGCGUGCAAAAUGCAUCGCCGGAAUUCCAUGCCUUGACCUCGGGCAAUCUGCAAGUUCUGGCGGCUGGAUCUCCCGAUGGCGACGACGGUGAUCCCAUUGGCUCUCUUGCCGACUUGUUCUGCUGCCUCGGAGAUUGUGUUGACGGUUUCCUCGCCAUGGUUGCCGUCCCCACGAGUGGCAUAUGUGAGGUCAUCCCAACGGGGACAAGCUCCAAGCGAACCCUGUCAGAUGGUGAUGAGACGACUUCUCUGAACGAGACUUCUCUCAACAAGCGAGUCUUCAACGAGUUUGACUGGUAUUCCGGCGAGGGGCCCUUCAAUCCACAGGUCAAUCCAGGAGUUGGACAUCUCCUCCAGGCAAUUAUUGAUGGACGUGUGAGACCCGAAUUCUAUAAUUUCUUCCGCUUUGGACAGAACUUGGGGAAUGGGCCGUCAGCAUCAACUGACUUUGAAAUGGAGAUCGUAUACCUACUAGGGACAGGCACAACAGGAAUGGACCAGUCCCUCAUGGGACCCACCGGCCAGCCAUUCGCCGUCUUCCACAUCCACUUCGCCGGCGGUGCGAACUACGCAAACGGCCCCAACACUCAGGGUCUCGGUAUCACCUCCAUCAAUGUCGCGCACGGCAGGUACAUUUCGCGGCGGGGGCGCGCCGGGCUUCAGGGUCCCGCAGACGGCGCGUGGGUGUUGAAUGGCAGAACCAACCCCCGAGACAUCUUCAACUGCGCCACCCAGCGAAACACCCCCCGCGGGAGCCAAAGGGCCUACCGCCAUUGGAAUCAGGCCUCGCGGAACGCACUCCGAGGCGGCAACGCCGUCAAUCAGCUGCUGUUCCAAUUCAUCGAGCAUGUCAACGGGCUCGGCGGCCAGGGGGUUGAUCUCCUGCGCGGCCAAUCUGCGGCUACACUUGUGCGAAACUGGGGCGUGCCAGUCCAACCAAACAGGCACGUCUUUAAUACCCAGACGUCGAGGUGGAACCGCCAACCUAAUAGUAAUCAAUUCGAGUUUGGGACUGAUGCUAUAGCCCCGGGCAAUGCGCCGUAUGACCCUAGAUAUCAACACGGAGGAGACCUUUGGAAUGAUCAGCGUCACUGGGCUAGGAGAUCUUGAUACCCACCCUCGUAAGCGUCUCUCUAGUUGAGUGCGUUGGCUCCCUUCGUGUAUAAUUAGACAAUCUUAUACAGUUGUUUUAUCUCUGCGCAAAGCAAUGGAGAAUCAGAUUUGAUGUUAG